AUGGCGGAUAAAAAUGAAAACCUCGAGGAGCAUCUCGAGAAGUUUGUGGAAAAUAUUCGGCAGCUCGGAAUUAUAGUCAGCGACUUCCAGUCCACCAGUCAAGCGGGACUCAACCAAAAACUAAAUUUAAUGAUAACUGGACUGCAAGACAUCGAGAAGUGCCGUCAACAGUUGAAUGAAAUCAAUGUGCCAUUGGAAGUCUUUGAAUAUAUUGACCAAGGCCGAAAUCCUCAGUUAUACACUAAAGAGUGUUUGGAGAGAGCGCUGGCCCGCAAUGAGCAAGUUAAAGGAAAAAUUGAUACCCUGACGAAAUUCAAGAGUCUUCUCAUCUCUGAGCUCAGCAAAGUCUUCCCGGAGGAGAUGUCCAAAUAUAAGGCGAUACAUGGGGACGACGCUCCUUCUUAG